ACAUAUUGGACCGUCAUUAAUGGUAACUCCAUUGUCAAUUCCUCAGACCAUGCAGCAACAAAGAAAGUACAGGAAGAGGCGUUUGUGUUUCACCUUCAGAGUUUUUCUGAAAAGAAGUUAAAUAUAUCCAACAAGAGUAAAUAAAUAUAUAAUAAAGGAAUUAUGUAUAAAUCUGGUGUAUGAAGAACUAAUCAAUACACCCCAUGAUUCUUAUUAUUACUAGCUAGAUAUAUUGUAUAAAUAUCUUAACUCAACUCAAGUCAAGACUCAUUCACAAGUCACUAUCACUCCAUCACUGAUUGAUUCAUUAUCUUUUCUGUCAUAACCUUAAAAUUCUGUGUAGCUUCUUUGUGCAGGAGAGGUUGGCCAAUCAUGGAGGACAGUAAGAGCUUGGAACCAAGCCAAUCAUGGAUUCCUUUGCUUUCCAACACUGAAUCACAAGUUCAUGGUGUUAUUACCUGUGAUAAACAGAUGAUGCAGAGUGAAACUUGUUCCAUGCCAGCUACUCUCAUACUCACCACCCUUGUUGCUGUCUUUGGUUCUUACGUUUUCGGAUCUGCUGUUGGAUAUUCAUCACCUGCUCAAUCUGGAAUCAUGGAUGAACUCACUCUCGAAGUUGCUGAUUAUUCAUUUUUUGGUUCAAUAUUGACAAUUGGAGCAAUAAUUGGUGCUUUUGUCAGUGGUAGAAUAGCAGAUUGUGUAGGACGUCGAGUUGCAAUGGGAUUUGCAGAGGUAUUCUGCAUCUUGGGAUGGCUUGCAAUAGCAUUCUCAAAUGUUGCUUGGUGGCUUUACAUUGGAAGAUUGUUAGUAGGGUGUGGGAUGGGCCUUCUAUCUUAUGUGGUUCCAGUUUAUGUAGCAGAAGUAACACCGAAGAAUCUCCGAGGAGGAUUCACCACCGUUCAUCAGCUUAUGAUUUGUUGUGGGGUAUCAUUAACUUAUCUUAUUGGAGCAUUCUUGAAUUGGAGGAUUUUGGCUCUGAUAGGAAUCAUUCCUUGUAGCGCACAGGUUCUGAGUCUACCCUUCAUUCCUGAGUCUCCUAGGUGGCUGGCAAAGGUUGGUCACUUGGCGGGGAGCGAAAAUUCUUUACAGCGCCUUAGGGGAGAGAAUGCCAAUGUUUCUCAAGAGGCCACUGAAAUUAGAGUAUAUAACAAGCGUUUGUUCAUUCGAGUGCUAAACUCGUGUGAUUAUACAGAAGCACUUAAGCAGCAUUCAGAAGCUAGCAUUAUUGGAUUAUUUCAAUUGCAGUAUUUGAAGUCACUUACUGUAGGUGUUGGCCUAAUGAUACUGCAACAGUUUGGAGGGGUUAAUGGCAUUGUUUUUUAUGCAGGUUCUAUAUUCAUUUCUGCUGGGUUUUCAGCAAGUAUUGGAACAAUAGCAAUGGUUGCUGUUCAGAUUCCAAUGACAAUUUUGGGAGUACUUUUGAUGGAUAAAUCCGGAAGGCGACCACUUUUGCUGGUCUCUGCUUCGGGAACAUGCUUCGGAUGCUUACUUGUGGCCCUAUCAUUCCUUUUGCUGGACCUACAUAAAUGGAAAGAUCUCAGUCCUAUUCUUGCUCUUGCUGGUGUACUGGUAUAUACAGGAUCUUUCUCUCUUGGCAUGGGAGGAAUUCCAUGGGUUAUAAUGUCUGAGAUAUUUCCUAUAAAUGUAAAGGGGUCUGCUGGAAGCCUAGUGACUUUGGUUAGUUGGUUGUGCUCUUGGAUUGUGUCAUAUGCCUUUAACUUCCUUAUGAGUUGGACUUCAACAGGAACUUUCUUCAUAUUCUGUGGCAUUUGUGGUUUCACUGUUGUAUUUGUGGCAAAAUUAGUACCAGAGACCAAGGGCCGUACACUAGAAGAAAUUCAAGCAUCUCUCAAUCCAUUUUCAACAAAGACAUGAAUUGUAAUGUGUUUGCUUGAUCUUGUGGUCCAAUACUAUUUCCAAGUUUCCAUGAUAAUGCUUAAAACUUUAUAUGAUUUUUGGAUCAAA